CGCUGUGUUCAGCGACGUAUCGUUCAUGGCAGAGGGCGGACUAAGAGGUGGGUAUGGAAACUGCUACAACUGCGGGAAUUAUGGACAUCAUGCCAGGUGGUGUCCACACCCUCCGCGCAAUGAUGGGUACGGGGCUGGCCAAAGGCAAGAUGCUGCGUAUAUCCAGGGGCAACCGAUCUUCAAUUCCGCACACGUGCCCUCGGCUCCCCCGCUUCCCUCUGCUCUCUCACUCCCUUCCGCCCCUCCUCUCCCUCUCCCUGCUCCUUACCCUGCUCCUCUCCAAGGAUCCCAGCCGGCUAUCCUACAAGCUCCGACUUCAGCAGUUCCGAGUACGAGCGCUCCAUCUACCUCAAAUGCCAUAGUGCCUUAUCAGCCACCGCGCGACAAUUUCGGCGGGAACAAUGCACGUGGCUGGAAUCGACCGAGGGAUAUGGGGUCCGACAGCGAGGCGAUGAUGAUUUUGAGAGAGAUUUGGAAUGACCGACGGGAGGAAAGGGAACGCAGACGCGAGGAGAAGGACAGAAGGAAUAAAGAGGAACAGACGAGAAUUGCUCGAGAAGAAGAAGAAAAGAGACUGGAUGCUGAAGAAAAGAAGGAAGCUGAGCGGGAAGCCAGAAUGGCUAAGUUAGUUACGGAUCAGAUGGAAGAGAUUGAGGCAAAUAAGAAAGGUGCCUCCGGGGAUGUUAGUAAAGCGGGUUGGGAUAAGAUAGAAAGAGAUGUGAAGUCUCCUAAAGAAGGGGAGACCGUAAAAAGUAGUGAAUGUGAGGAUCGCAAACGUGAUCAGGUUGCGAUGGGUGGAGAAUCCGUGGCUUUUCAGCAGCAGGCCAUCGGAAGGCAGCGGGUUGGUAACGAAGUAACCUCGCUCGAUACCGGUUUGCUGCAUAUGGAUCUGGACAGUGUCCGAAAGGUACAAGAAUCCCAUGCAUUGCUGUUCCAAGAGAUGAUGUCAUGUCUUGGUUUCGACCGCAUCAACAGGGGGAAGAAGGUGGUUGUUGCUGGAUCGGGAAAGGCAGGCAAGGUGAAGUACAUUGAUGACUUGAUUGAAGUUCUCAUGCAGAAGACCAAGCAUGAGCUGAAAGAUUUGUGCAAGAAGGAUCGUAUAAAGUAUGUGAAUAAGAAAAUCAUUACUGCUGCUUUGGUUAGACUACGUGCGAUUGAGGCCUACGGUGAUGAGGAAGAGGAGGACCAGUCUGAGGAGGAAUCUCAAGAGGAGAACCCCUCUUGAUGAUCUGUGGAUCUAUUUGCAAUUUGGUGUCACCUGGAGCGUUUGAGAAUUCGAAGAAGAAAUGAAGGGUGGCAAGGCAG